AUGGGGCCGGCUAGCGUUAUUGUCCUCUGCGUCUUCCUCGCAGUGGUGGCUGCCGCCAUCUUCUAUAUCCUAAUCACACGCAUCCAAGCAACAAAGCUGGGGCUCCCACCACCACCCAUCACCUCUUACAUCCCUUUCUGGCCCGAGCCUUCGAACUCGCUUCCCUACGCCAACAACACCUCUUCUUCCUCCGGCGGUAUCAAGGGCUGGUUCGGCAAGUUCAAGAAGAACAACAAUCGCACUGCGGCAGGUGCCUACGAGCCCUCCGGUGCUAACGCCAACGCCGCCCGGAGCCGCGGUUUCGGACCCCUCGACCCGGAUGAGGCAUGGGAUGCGCGCGUUGGACAUGAGGCGGAUGGCUAUGGACCCACAUACUACGAGGAGACGGAAAUGCAGCCCCCUCGGCACAACAACCUUGGCGACGAUACCAGCUACGGAGGAAGCAGCUACCAGAUGAACCUAGCGACCAACCCGGGCAACACUGGCACUAGCAACCCGUUCGCGGAUCCUGAUGAGGAGAGAGGCAGAAAGAGGAGCCGUUCUCCUGGCCCGGCUGCGAACAAGGGAUUGAGUGCGCCCGCCUCCCAAAACCCUUUCGAUGAUGCUGCCGCGGAUCAGAGCAACGUUAGCAUGAGAGGCGUCAGCCCCCGUCCGAUUGAGGGCACGGGAGCCUCGAAGCCGAGUGGCCACAAUAAUGGCGAGCCUGAGAGCCAUGCGGAGAGGAGGUCAAUCUUCAGAGAGGAUGUGUGA